GGAUUUGACAGCCCCCUACCUUCCUAGGGCGUUUCCAUUAGGGCCCAAAGGGGCGAUAUUGAGACGCUUCAGAGGCUAGCGUUGUUCUGUCCUUGAACAAGUAAGUUUUGCAAGGAGAACUCGAAUCUCUAGGGGAGGAGGUAAGCCAGCAAAGGGCCAGUAGGUAUUGGUCUUCCCUUGCUUGUAGAGCGCUUCGCAAUUGCAAUAUGUAGUAGCAUCUAGCCAGUGGGCGAUUGUCAUUGAAGCAGCACGUAGAAUGGCAGCAGAGUUUGAGCAACUGCUGGCGGACCUCCGCACGCUUGUGGAUGAGAAGCUUGGCGAGAUCGAGCAUGCGCAUCAUGGGCACGCCAGGUGGCUGGAGGACAAAGGGCGAAAGUUCUUGCGGGCCAUUGACAUGGUGGCCCAAGGAUCAAAAGAUGGGGGAUUCAAGGUACCACAAAGUAGGAAACCCAAACAGGGGGCGCGGGGCCCUAAUGAUGAGAACAUCCCCCCUGGUCAACAUGCGUUUGCGGCACAGACUCCUGCGGCGGUCAAGAAGGCGAGGGGUCUCGCAGAGGAGGCGACGCCCGCACUGCGAGUAUCCUCAAGGCAGCGGCAGAAAGUUCUUAGAGACGUCCCGCCAAGCAACAAGCUCUCAUCUGCAACACCUGCACCCCAGUCGGCCGCCCAGCCAUCAACCAGAAGCUCUUCCCGACAACCUACGGAGGAUUUGACCCCUGCGCGAGAUGACAGGACAACCACUCAGGCGGUCCCUGAGAACGUCCCGGCUUCAGUUCCCGCCGUUGACACCGCAGUGCCAAAGGAGAGAGCAGAAGAGAGCGCACCAGCUGCUGCUGCUGAGACUGUCGCUGCGGAAAGUGUCAAGCGGUCCUCAGGGGCGGAUGCUGACCGAUCAGAUAAGGUGGAGGUUCAGAAAGAGGACACCGGCGAGGGAGAGGCCGAGGCAGCGGGUAGAGAAGAGGCUGCAGAGGUUGCAGAAACUGAGCGAGUCGUUUACACCAGGCGGGCGAAACAGGCUGCGGCGGGUCAGGUUCGGUCAGAGGAGAAGAAUGAGGAAAAGAGUUUGAGGAAGCGAAAGGGGAAGCGAGGAGCCGAGGAGGCGGUUGCCGAUGAGCAAAAGGGGUCGGCUGAGAAGGAGGCGCCUGCUGGCGUCAUGCAGGCGGCUGCUGAUGUCGCGGAGACGCCAGCUGAGGCCAAGGAGACGCGUGCUCGAGGUAGUGGCGGUUCAAAGAAGCGGAAGGAAAAGACGGGCUUGGAUGAGGCGGUUGUCAGUCAGGAAGACGGGCCCGUUGACAGUCCCAAGGAGCCUGCUGAGGUGAAGGACUUGCCUGCUGACGUCAGCAGGACACCUGCUGGGGGCAAGGAGUUGCCUGCUGAUGUCAGCCAAGUCCUUCGAGACCAGCAGGACUUGCUGCCACCUGGCGAGGCCCCAUUGGUUAACGCUGCUGUAGAGCAUGGGGGGCCUGUAGAAGGGCCCAAUGUAGCAACGGAAGUGGUGAAGGAACCAGAGGCGGAGACGGGGGCUAAGCGCCGGGGGAAGAAAGAAGCGGUUGAUGAUGCAGCAACCAGAGGGGCAGAGGCAGACUUGAAGCAGACGGCCAGUGAGACUGUGCCAGCUGGUGGGCGGAUGACGCGGCGGCGGGCCAAGGAGUUGGGAGUGGACUUUGAGGCUCUGCCGUCAGGGUUGGUCGACGGGAGUGAGGUGAAGGCGGGUAAGAAGGGGAGACAGACAAGGAAAAACAGGAGAAAGGAGUUGGACGAGGGCGCAAUCCGGCAGCAGGCCUUGGAGAAAGAACUAGAGGCGGCGGGCGCACAGGUAGAGGCCGCUGCUGACGCCAAGAAGCCGGCGGAGGCGCGGGAAAACGGGGCAGGGGGGGAGACGACGCCUGCCAAGCCGAGCGGGGGGGAUGCGAAGGAGGGUACGGCCGAUGAGAUGGUCUCAGCGGAAGAGGGAAGUGGGAAGCAAGUGGACAAGGCCACUGUUCCCGAGACUCCCGAGGAAGGGCCUCCGGUUCGCAGAUCGCAGAGGGAGAAGCGGGCGAAUGAGGAGGCGCCAGCUGGCAGGGUGACGCGGGGGAGGGCGGCAAAGGGGACGCCACUUACUGCCGCCACCGAGGCGGAGACUGUGGCAGAGGCCUCUGCUGAGAAAGCGCCUGAGGCUGCGGCUGAUGCUGAAGAAGGGGGUUUGGGGGAGGAUCAGGCAGAGCCACCUCUAGUUGAUGGGAGUCCGGUUGUCAAGGAGGGGGUUGACGGGGCGACCCUGCAAGAGUCGGAGGCAGUGCCGGAGUCUGAAGAUGAGGCGCUUGCGACGAAGAAAAAGAGGGGUAAGAAGAAGGGCAGGGGUAGGCAGAAGAAGACGCCCCCAGCGCUGCGGGCGUCAGAGGACGGGGAACGAGAAGCCGGGAAAGAGACGGCAGGUGAGAAAGAGCUCUCUCAUGAAGAGGAGCAUGGCAGGGAGGAGGCAACGGUUCUAGAGUUGGGGGGUGCAAACACGAACGCAGAGAGGCAGCCGAAAGGCAAUGACGGGAGUGAACAGGAGGGGGCUGUGGAGGGCGUAGUCUCGGGCCUUGUGAGCAACCCAGCCGAGCCGGCAAGCACCACGCCAGAAGCUACUCAUGAAGCCCCAACCCCCACAACAGGGCCUUCGGAAACCGUGGCAACCCCUGUAGAGAUAGACGCAGCCCCGGUAUUGGAGCUCGGAAGCCCGAAGCCCCCCACCCCAGGCCCCCGGCUAACUAGAUCGGGCUCAAAGGCGGGGGAUAGCUCCCGGGAAAACGGGGGAAGCAGCGCUUUUGGGUCACCGGUGCCAACCGCCCCUGAAUCUGCACUUCGGGGCACUCAGUCGGGCGCCCUGGCUUCGCCCGGAAGAGUCCUCCGGUCAGCUUCCAAAAGCCCCGGUUCUCCUUCGGCCGUCGACAACGCACAAAACCCUGUUCCCAGCGCCUUAACCCCUGUCCCGAGCACCCUAACCCCUGACCCCAGCGCCCUCAACCUUACCCCGAGCGCCCUUAACCCUGCCCCGAGCUCCCUUGACCCUUCCCCGGUUUCCCUAGGCAGAGCCACACGGGCAGCGUCAAACGCCCAGAUUACACCCGGUACUGUUCCUCAGGCGGAAGAAGAGCACGUUCCGGCCGUUGCUUCACCGUCCUCCUCUUCCGCGGAAGAGCGUUCCGAUAGGAGAACCCGGUCAGGAUCUCGCGCCCGAAAAGAGACCGGCGAAACUUCCCCACCCGCCGUCCUUCCUGCCCAGGACUCUGCGGACGCUGCAUUGUCCCCCGAUUCCCCAGCCCAAAAAUCGGCGUCUCUCUCCCCUGUGUCUCCUCCUCCGGACCCAGCCACUGAUGGCAACCAAGUGCCGUCGAUCUCAGAAGAUGCAAACACCGCGGAAGCCCCUCAGCCGUCCGUUUUCUCGCCUGUUAUAGUCACCCGAUCAGCUUCACAGGCCCGAACGCCUCCGGAGCAAACGAAAACGCCCGUCUUUUCCAGCGCCGACAUCGCGCCAGGAUCUGGCAGCAGGAAGAGGAGCCGGGGAGAGGGUGACGUCAGCGACCAGCCGACUCCGGAAGGUUUAGCGAGGGUUAGCGGAGAGAAAGGCACUCCGGGCGUCCUGACCCGCAGCCAAAGCAAGUUGCGGGGGUCUGCUGACGUCACUCCGGGCUGGAACGGGUCUCCGGAAAUAUUGGAAGGAGACCUAAGCGGGGUCCUCGUGUCUCCAAAGAGCCCCUCUAGUGACGAAGCCGCCAAGUUGACCGGAGCUAGCGUUCAGUUCCCAGCUUUACCCAAGCAGAGCCCCAAGGAAAGUCCCAUCCAGAUGAGGAAAACGGAAACGGAGCCCCAAACCCGAGCGCCUGUUGCAAGCCCCCCGGUAAGUGCACGGGCGUUUGAAGCGGAGAAGAAGGAGACAGUGGCUCCAUCUCCCCGUCAGGAUGCUUCCCCAAGUGUUGACAUGGACGUUUGCACGACGCCGCUGACUGCGGGGCCGCAUAAAGCACCCCGACCAGUGACCGGAAAACGGAACGCCCAGGGGGUGAGCAAGGGGCUGGUGCGCUCGGAGGGUGCCGGAAUAACGUCAGCGGUGAAAGCCGAUGACGUCAGGAGCCCCCUGAGGAGGAGCCCACGGUUCCAGGGCGAUAGGAUGACGUCCGCAGCCGGGGUGACGUCAGCAGCAAAGCAGACGGGCGUCCGAAGCUCCCCGCUAGGUGGGGGUUCUUCGGUGAGGAAGAGUGAGCGGAUCCAGGACCGGAGCGCAAAGAAGAUGCGGUUAAGCGGUGGGUUUGCGCUGGCAGGUCUCGGAGGCGAGUUGAUCGAUCUGGAGAACGAGGACGAGGAUCUGAUGGAGCCAAACUUUGAGAUCAAUUCUGAGGGCCUCCGGCGGAGUGCGCGAAAGACGGCCGACGGCGCGAAGGAGAGUCCCGGCACAGUCGGGAAGAACCGGUUGAGCUUCAGCGGAGCUGCCGGCCUUUCCGCAGACGUCCGGAACAUGUCCCCCGGCGGGAAGGCGCCGGAGUCCGGCGGAAAGUCGUUCCGCUUCAGCGCCCACAAGUCCACACGGAAAAGCGCCCGGAAGAGGAGCGCCGGCGGGCGUCCGAGCUUUGUUUCCGCGUCGGACGACGGGUCGGGGGAGUUCGCGGCCGCAGGGUUUGGGGGUUUGGCGGCAGAAGCGUCUGCGGGAAACUUGGAUGCGUUCGCGGCUGGUGCAAAGUCCGCACAGAAGAAGACGCCGGCGAAGCGGGGCAACUUGAUCGCAAACGGAAUUACGAGUCUGUUGUCGUUCAUGACGAAGAAGGAGCCGACGGGACCGCCCAUUCCGGGCAACAACAAGAAUACGGUCAAGGGCUCCGUAAAGGCGCUCGAGGCUGCCGAAGCCGCCCGGCGAGAGGAGGCCAGAAGAGCGGAGGAGCGAGAGAAGCGGAAGGCGCUGACGGAGAAGCGGCGGGAGGAGAAGCUCCGGGAGGCAGCCGCCGGUGCAGCGCAGGCCCAGCCUCCUCCCGCAAAGCCAGCCGACGCCGCCCCCGCCCCCGAGCGGCGCACCGUCCCCGGCGCGGCCGCCGUUUCCGCCACCGUUAUCGACCAGAAGCUCCGCCGGGCGAACGAGUUCCGGUCGCGGAUCGAGGACCAGAAAGCGCGGCGCCUGGAAGAGGAUCUGCGGAAGAAGGAAGAGGAGCGGCGCAAGAAGGAGCAAGAUGCGGUGCGGAAGAAGCGGCAGAGAGAGGAGGACGAGAAGAAGGAAAAGGAGGAAAAGCGGCGGCGGCUGGAGGACGCGCAUAAGAUGAAGAAGGACGCCGAGGAGCGGCAGCGAGCGGAGCUGGAAGAGAAGGAGAGGAAGCGGAAGCAGCAGGAGGAGGCCGAGCGGAAGCAGAAGGCGACCGAAGAGGAAGAGCGCCGGCGGCGGCGGAAGGAGAAGGAACUAGAGGCGGAACGGCGGCGGAAGGAGGAGGAAGAGAAGCGGGUGGCCAAGCUGAAGGAGCGGGAGGAGGACCGGAAGCGGCAGGAGGGGCUGUUCAUUCGGCGGAAGGAAGAUGAGCGGAACGAGAAGAUGCUGCGCCCCAACGGGCCCAAGCCCCUCACCCCCAUCAAGACGUACCUGGCGGAGAACGCUGCUUCGGCCAGGCACUCCCCCCUUGUCGGCACGGACAAGAUGAUGCCUCCCCCCAGGACGACGCCCAGCCGCCACGCCAACGCCGACGCCGCAGCUCAGAACCAGUACCUUUCCGCCAACACCGCGAGCCGCAAUCUAAACCCCGCCUCCGGUUACGCUAGCAGCUCGCUGGUGGCCAAGCCCAGCGGCCUGCAGUUUCCCAAACCUGCCGCUAACCCGCCCACUAACCUGCGUGUAACCGGCUGGGAGGACCGCGCCGCAAAAGCCAAGCUCGCCGCCCCGGGGUCUUCUUCUCAGAAGGAUUCAGCCCCCCAUUUCGGGAAGGGCGGGGGCGGUUCCGUUUCCGGGGGGGAGAAUCUGCGCUCGCGGACGCCCCCCCCCGCGGAAGCUGUGGAGAGUUAUGAGAUCUCGCCGUUCAAGGAGGAGUCGAGCGACGAGGAGGAGGAGGAGAACGAGAGCGAGGCGAAAAAGCCAAUCCCGGCGUGGGCGCGCAAGGAGAACCUGGGGCCCGCGCUGCGGCGGCAGAUGGGGAUCGACCCGGACGAGGUGUUCCAGAACAUGAGUGUCAAGACGUGCAGCCUGGACCAAGUGUUCGGGACCAAGGGCAGUAAGAAGAAGAAGGACUUUGGGCGCCGGAGCAGCAGCGGCAACUGGCUAGAGGACCGGCUGACGUGGAAGGAGGAGCUGCAGUAUAAGAAGGGCAUGGGGUACCUCUAGCGGGUUUGCCGUGUCCUCGUCCGCUGGCAUACUAAAUCAAAGCGACCCUGGUAACCAUUGGGGUUUAUGUUGAGCUCCCGAGUUGUACGGCGGGUGAUUCUUUAAUUGAGGCAGCGCAUGCCUUGGCUGCGCAAGGGGCAUCGUUGAUUUGGAUGCUUCGAAAGUAGAUGCUGAGAGCGAUCCGGAACUGUGCAGACGAAAUUUGUUGUGCGCAAAUUCUUAGUUGGAUGUGUAGAUUAGAAAAAAUGGUCAGGAACUUACGAAUGUUGCUUCAAGGGCUCGCACUCUACAAAUUUUUAGUUUCCAAGCCUCUUGACGCGUACUCACACGGCCUGGAUGCAACUCACAAGAGUCGGACAUGCAACGUCAA